AGAGGAGUGUGGAGGUAUGACAGUGAUCGGUAUGUACAGGAGAGGAGUGUAUGGUGGGGUAUGACAGUGAUCGGUAUGUACAGGAGAGGAGUGUGGGAGGUAUGACAGUGAUCGGGUAUGUACAGGAGAGGAGUGUGGAGGUAUGACAGUGAUCGGUAUGUACAGGAGAGGAGUACGGAGGUAUGACAGUGAUCGGUAUGUACAGGAGAGGAGUGGGGAGGUAUGACAGUGAUCGGUAUGUACAGGAGAGGAGAGUGGGGUAUGACAGUGAUCGGUAUGUACAGGAGAGGAGUGGGGUAUGGGUAUGACAG